AAAUUUGUAGCUCAACGUCAUUAGGAAAAAUGCGCGCGUUUAUUCUUACGUGCUUGCUGGGCCUGACGCUGGCGGCGCCACAAGGCUACAACUAUCAGACGGCUAAGCUGCCAGGAGUCAGCAUUGAGGAGCAGCAGACGUUGCAGAUGGCAUUGCAGGCGCCGCAAGUGCAGCAGCUGCUUAACAGCAAUGUGGCCUAUCAGCAACAAGCUCAACCACAGGCACAACAGCUGCCAAGUUUCUUCCCCAACUUUAACCACAAUCUGCAGCAACAGCAACUGCAGCAGCCAUUGCAGUUGGCACAACAGCAGCCACAAUUUGCUGCUUAUCAGCAACAAGCUGGUUCUUAUCAGCAACAAGCUGGCGCUUAUCAGCCACACGCCACAGUCUCCAAGGAUAUCUAUGUGCAUGUGCCACCCGCAGAGGAGGAAGCGCAGCAUUAUCAGCCAGCGCCAUUGCCUGUGGCGCCACCACGCAAACAUUAUCGCAUUGUGUUCAUCAAGGCGCCCACGCCCAGCGUAAGCAAGACCGCACUGCGUGUGCAACAGGCGCCCGUGGAGGAGAAGACUAUCAUCUAUGUGCUGACCAAGAAGCCGGAUCCGCUGGAACUGCAGACAGCCAUUCAAGAGGCACCUAAGCAAAUCAGUAAGCCAGAGGUCUUCUUCAUCAAGUACAAGACCCAGGAGGAAGCUGCGCAUGCGCAGCGCACCAUACAAGCUCAAUACGAUCAGCUCGGCGGCACUACGCAAGUUUCGGAUGAGGGUGUAGCGCCAGUCACCUCGGUGAUUGGUUCACUGGACCAGCAGCAGCAUCAUCAUCAAAGUGCGGCACAAUCUGGCACUGGCACUCAGCUUGGCCUUAACAAUGCCAUACAAAGCAAAUAUUUGCCUGCUAAUCUGCGUGCAUAAUUUAUAAUCGAACUGACUGAAUGUGAGAGCAGUGCAGAUGCUCAGCUAAGAUCUAAGUAACAAAUUGUAGUGCAUAUUUAAAUAAAUCUCUUGUUGUUGUU